GCCGAGUCUCCAUGGCGGCGGCGGCAGCGGCGGCGGCGGGGCCGGUGCUCUGGAGGCGACUGCUGGGCCUGCUGCCCGGCCGCCCCGGGCUGGCCGCGCUCCUGGGGCGCCUGUCCGACCGCCUGGGCAGGAACCGGGACCGCCGGCGCAGGAGGUCACCAUGGCUGCUGUUGGCUCCUUUGCUGUCCCCAACGGUCCCCCAGGUCACCUCCCCUCCUUGCUGCCUGUGUCCAGAGGGUGUGCACAGGUUCCAGUGGAUCCGGAACCUGGUCCCGGAGUUUGGGGUCUGCAGCUCGCACGUCAGGGUGCUUUCCUCCCCGGCGGAAUUUUUUGAGCUCAUGAAGGGCCAGAUAAAAGUGGCGAAGAGACGGGUCGUGAUGGCGUCUCUCUACCUGGGGACGGGUCCUCUGGAACAGGAACUGGUAGAUUGCCUGGAAAGCACUCUAGAAAAGUCACUCCAAGCAAAGUUUCCUUCAGACCUCAAGGUGUCCAUUCUCUUGGACUUUACACGGGGCUCAAGAGGUAGGAAGAACUCACGUACGAUGCUGCUCCCGCUGCUGCAGAGAUUUCCAGAGCAGGUUCGCGUCUCCCUCUUCCACACGCCUAACCUCCGUGGGCUUCUCCGGCUCCUGAUCCCCGAGCGCUUCAAUGAGACUAUCGGCCUGCAGCACAUUAAGGUGUACCUCUUUGACAACAACGUCAUCUUGAGUGGCGCGAACCUGAGCGACUCCUACUUCACCAACCGCCAGGACCGCUACGUGUUCUUGCAGGACUGCCCCGAGAUCGCGGACUUCUUCACAGAGCUGGUGGAUGCGGUGGGGGACGUGUCCCUGCAGUUGCAGGGGGAUGACACGGUGCAGGUGGUGGAAGGGAUGGUGCAUCCUUACAAAGGUGACCGGGCCGCAUACUGCAGGGCGGCCAACAAGAGGGUUAUGGAUGUGAUCAACUCGGCCAAGGCCCGCCAGCAAGUGCUGCACGCCCAGACCUUCCACGGCGACUCCCUCUUGACCCAGGAGGACGCGGCAGCUGCUGGUGACCGGAGGCCGGCCCCCGACACCUGGAUUUACCCCCUGAUCCAGAUGAAGCCCUUUGAGAUCCAGAUUGACGAGAUCGUCACCGAGACCCUGCUGACGGAGGCCGAGCGAGGCGCCAAGGUCUACCUCACCACUGGCUACUUCAACCUGACCCAGGCCUACAUGGACCUGGUCUUGGGCACGCGGGCCGAGUACCAGAUCCUGCUGGCCUCCCCGGAGGUGAACGGCUUCUUCGGGGCCAAGGGGGUGGCGGGCGCCAUCCCGGCCGCCUACGUGCACAUCGAGCGGCAGUUCUACGGCGAGGUGUGCAGCCUGGGGCAGCAGGAGCGGGUGCGGCUGCAGGAGUACUGGCGGAGGGGCUGGACGUUCCACGCCAAAGGUACGCGGCGGCGGCGGGGCUCGCCUGUUGGCCAGCGCUCGGCCCUCCUCCUGUCCCGGGCUCCCAGCCGCCGGGGCGCCCGUGCCGCAGCCUCCUGUCUGAGCGCGUUUCGGUUGCGCCGGUUUCUCCCUCUUUGCGCCCGGAAGUUAAAACCUCCCGUGGCUGGGGCGGCUCUUUUAGAGAGCGUACACGCAACUUCUCAGAUGGGUGAAGAGGUGCGUGAUGUCGCCUUCUCUUGGUCAUCGGAGUUUUCCCGCGUUGGCCGUGCCCUCCUCGGGGACGGAGGGUUCGUGAGGCGUUGUUUAUUUGGCAUUAAACAGCCCGGUUUUCAGUCUUUGCCUCGCCACCGCGGUUCGUUUUCCUCUGUGUGAAUCUUCCUCUUUUUUUCAUAGCUGUGAAGAUCGAGGCCCCGUCCUUUCCGUUUUUAGCCACACAGCGCUGCCCCCACGUGGGCCGUGGGCCGUGGUCCGUGGUCCGAACCGUGUGUGGGUUAGGGUCCCCCGCAGGCAUGGGUGUGCAUUGCCGGGGCAGCCCACACGUGCCGUAAUCCCAGGAAUGUGGUCUGAGACGGGGAUGAACGGGUUUAAAACCGUGUGCUCCGCGGAGGGAUGGUCCCCGCUGCUGCUUGAUGCCUCGAGGGCACCUGCCUCAGGUGUAGUCACUCCUUCCCAUGCUCCACGGGUCAUAGUCCUGUGUUUGAAGGAAGAGUGACUGGCGCAGAGAGCCCCCGGCCACGAGUGACGGACGUGGCUUUUCUGGCUUCUCUUUGGUGGUCCGGAGGCCCCUUGUGCUCUCGUGCUGGCCCUGGAGUCUUGCGCAAGGGCUGGUCGAGGAGGGAGCGGACGGCGGUACCUUGACCUCUGGUCCCGGACUGGGAGUCCGGGCUGCAGACAGCCACAGCCGCUUGUCUGUGUUGUUUAGAUUUGAGGUCCCUUGGGGAUCAUUGGGUGGGACUCUUUUUCUGUUACAUCGGUGCUCUUCACCCGUGGGUACUUGAUAAAUACUGACGCCCAGGUUGCCCUAGACCUGCAUCCAGCUCUCUCGGGGACGAAUCCAAUACGGCAUUCAAAAAAAAAAAAAACCUCUCCAGUUUCUGAUGUCUCAGGAAUCACCGUCACAGCUCAGAAGGGUGAAGCUUCUGGCCUCGAGGGUGGUUCCCGCUUCCUGCUCGGAGGCCCUGGGUGUGGAAGUGAACUGUCCCCGAGUGCUGGCGCUGGUGGGCUGAGCCGCACAGGUGGGGCUAAGCCAGCGAGGGUGUGGGAAGUAUCUCAGGGUUGGUUUCGUUACUUCUGAGAAUAACAACGGUGCCUCGGUGUGGGGUAUCGAAGACGGACAGCUGGACGGCGGGAGAAGCUUUGUUUUUCCGAGAGGACGCGAGUACCUGGGGAGCUGUGUGGGGUCCGCCUAGACGGCGCCCGCUCCCGGUCUGUCCCGUGGUGAGAUCAGCGAGGAGGUCCCUUGGCAUUCAGGGCUCCCAGCUCAGCCUGGCCUGACAGUUGUGACCGGGCUGGGGGUUAUUUCCCUGAAGCCGCGCUGAUAAACGUGCAGCGACUCCCCGGUUACCAUUGAAACAGAAACACCCAACUGGCUUUUCCAGUGCGUCUCGCCUUUUCCCGGACUGGCAUGUUCCUCCCCGCCCCGCCCCCCCCCCCCCCCCCCCCCCGCCGCCUCGGGUGGGGCCCUGCACUCCUGGGAGCACUGGGUUAGUGGGGAAGGCGGGGAUCCCAGGGCACGUGUGUGAGAAACAGAAUGGGGGAUGGGCCCGUGAGGAGGAGCCAGGGGUCAGAGAUCCCUCCGUGCUGGAGAGCCCAGGGUCCUCUCCUGUGACUGUGAUUGGUACCGGCCGGGGGUCCUAAGUCAGCCCCCUUUUCUGGCUCAUCCCUGGAUGCUCACUGUCCCCGAAGCGGCCUACGAGAGGAGCAGGCAGCCCAGGUGUGUGGGUGGGGGAGAGGGCUGGGUUUGCUGUCUGCUCUCGGCCAGGCCUGUGCCCGGGGACAAGCAGAGCGUCUGUUCGUUCCUGUCGAUGGCUGAGUAGCCGGUGCCCCGAUGGGCUGAUCCAGGCCCCCGCAGGACGGGCCUGGCUGAUCUCGACUCCUCAUGCUCCCAGAAGCCCUCGGUGAGGAGAGGGAGCUGGACCCCACGUUCGCCGCGUGCAUAUCCUUGUGGGUCCAACAGCGCCGCGCCCCCUAGGAGUCGGGCAGGGAGGGGCUCUGCGUUGAACCUACCGGUGGCCUCGUGAGUGUGACGAUGCAGGAACGGUCUGCGUGGUCCCUGCCCGCAGGAAGCUAACGGGCCGGGGUGGGGGGGGAGGUGGCAUCCUCUCGUGGAAGUGACCGUACCGGUCAGCAGGUGCCAGGGAAUGGCAGGGAGUUCCAAGGGCUGGGGGGCGUCCUCCAGCCUUCUCCUGCCUAUCGAGUGUGAGGAUGUCACGCGGUGGUUCAGAGGCGUCAUUGGAGAGAGGGAGCAAGGGAGCUGUGGAAACGGCACUUGUUCUGGUCGGUGGGCUCCUGAGUAGAGGCGUGUCUCACUGGCACGCUCGGCCGAUCCCAUAGCAGACUGGAGCAUAGAUCGCUUAAGACAUUUUUUUACUGUGUUUUAUCUAUUUAUCUAUUUUUAUUUUUUUAUUUUGGAGAGAGGGAGAGAGUGUGCAGGGGAGGGGCAGAGGGAGAGAGAGCCAGAAUCCCCAGCAGGUUCCGUGCUCACUGAGGAGCCCGACCCAGGGCUGGGUCUCAACGAGCCCGGGAUCACGACCUGAGCUGAAAUCGAGAGUCGGCCGCUCGACCGACUGAGCCCCCGGGUGCCCUUCUACCCCAUUUUCACAUUGCCUCAAAGUAUCAGAGAAACCUUCCGCUGUCCGAAGGCACGUACCCCAGAGAGUUUUGCCACGUGGUUUGUCUAGUGUCCUUCGGGGUUUUGCAAAGGCCGCCCAUUCGGAAUGCUGAGGAGGCCCCUGUGUGCGUGUGAUCUGCCGGGGAGGCCCCAGACUUGGAGUCUGGAAGCCUGGGCGAGGUUCCGCGAGCAGGAUACACCACGAGUGCUGCCUGCGGCUCACCUGAAGAGGCGCCGGGCGUCCAGCCACGUUUCUUCUUUCCAUACCCGCUCCGGUUUACUGCGUGGGCAUUAGUGCCCAGCGUGGCCCUUCACGGCUUAAGGAAUUAUUUUUCCCUUUUAAGUGACAAUUCGCAUUCUUAUUUCAUGUAUUUACUUCCAGGAGACUUAAUUUUUUUUUUUAGAGCGGUUUGGGUUCAGAGCAAAAUUGAGAGGAAGGCACACCCCGCCCCCCUCCCCCUUUGCGCAGCCUCCCCCCUCCCGUCAGCAUCCGGCACCAGAAAGGCACAACCAUUCUCACCGAUCAGCUGACGUCGACACGUGCUAUCACCCAGAGUCCACGCUGUAUAUUGAGGCUCAUCUUGUGCAUUCAUGAGUUCCCACGGAGGAGGACAUGUGCCCAUUGUCACUGUAUCAUACGGAGGGUUUCACUGCCCUAAACACCCUCCGUGCUUCCUGUCCGUCCUUCCCAUUUCCCCCCAGACCCUGGCAGCCGCUGGUCCUUUCACUGUUUCCAUGUUUUCACCUUUUCCAGAAUGUCAUGCAGUUGGAAUCACACAGCCCGUGGCUUUUUCAGACUGGCUUCUUUCACUUAGUGAGGUGCGUUUAAGGUUCUUAAACCCCACGUCUUUUCGUGGCUUCACAGCUCUUGGCAUUUAGUGCUAAGUAACAUUCGUUGUCUGGAUGGACCACAGUUUAUUUCUCCACCCACCUACCGAAGGACACCUCGGCUGCUACAGGGGUUCCCCUUUGGAACCCGAUCCUGGUGGAGAGUGGGGUACAGGGGCCGGGUGCAGAGUGGCCUUCUCGGCGGUCGUCAGCACCGGAUGGGCCACGUGCCGUGCCAACAAGCUAACCUCUUGAGGUCUUGGAGAGGCAGCAGCCCCAGGGGUGCCUGAGUGAGGGUGCCGUGUGUGUGUGUGGCCUGCUUCUCACCUCUCCCGCUUCCAGCAGGGGAGUGGCCUGAUCUGCUGUCCCAUUGUGGGGCUUCUGGCUGGAGCAAGAGGCACGCGGCUUCCCCGGCCUUGCCGCAGCCCCGUCGGGCAGGGGCCACGUCCACGCCGGAGGACAUUUCAGGGGCAGGAUCAGAAAAUGAGUUUUGAGGUGUCGGCUUCGAUUUCAUCUGGGUGUGGUAUCCUAGCACUGAGAGCAUGGUGUGUGGCUAGGGCGGGGCAGGGCCGUGGGAUUAAGAGAUUUCUGGCUCCUGCUGACAGAGGAAUCUGUUAAUGAUUGUGAGAAUUGUCACUAUUUUUACUGCUUUCCCGACAGGCUGCCGGUUGGCCUAGUGCCCAAAGGUGAGCUUGCAGAGCAGGCCGGGCAGCCGCGCCCUGUGUGCCCAGGGCACGUGUGUCUCACCUGGGCGCCGGCAGGUGCACACCAGGGCAGACAGCCUCUUUGUGGCCCGGAGUGUAACAGGCGGGUGCUUAUUCCUCUGAGCGCAAGGCUGUGAUGUCUCCUGUUCCCUGUUAUUUUUAUACGGGUCUGAGAGCCUCUGAAAUUUAUUGCCAAAUAUUGUGGCAGAGAUGAAGGAGGGGUGCAUAAGUUCAAAUUUUUUGGGGCGCCUGGGUGGCUCAGUCGGUUGAGCGUCCGAGUUCGGCUCAGGUCACGAUCUCACGGUUCGUGGGUUCGAGCCCCGCAUCGGGCUCUGUGCUGACCGCUUGCUCAGAGCCUGGAGCCUGCUUCAGGUUCUGUGUCUCCUUCUCUCUCUGCCCCUGCCCC